AUGAAGUUCAUCCAGUCCGACGUUCUGCUCGAUAUCCCCGAGGGUGUCACCGUUGACAUCAAGGCCCGACGAAUCACCGUCACCGGCCCCCGAGGUACCCUCAAGAAGAACCUGUCUCACAUCAACGUUGCCUUCGAGAAGGUCUCCGAUGACCAGAUCAAGAUCACCAUCUUCGAUGGUGACCGAAAGCACGUCGCUGCUCUGCGAACCGUCAAGACCCUCAUCAACAACAUGAUCACCGGUGUCACCCGAGGUUACAAGUACAAGAUGCGAUACGUCUACGCCCAUUUCCCCAUCAACGUCAACCUCAUUAAGGACGGUUCCGUCGUUGAGAUCCGAAACUUCCUCGGUGAGAAGCGAGUCCGAGAAGUCCCCAUCCACGAGGGCUGCAGCGCUGAGAUCUCUACCAACCAGAAGGAUGAGAUCUGCAUCAUCGGUAACUCCAUCGAGAACGUCUCUCAGACCUGUGCUGACAUCCAGCAGACCUGCCGAGUCCGAAACAAGGAUAUCCGAAAGUUCCUUGAUGGUAUCUACGUUUCCGAGAAGACCAACGUCAUUGAGGAGUAA